CAGAACGAAAAGGGGCAGUUGGUUGCCGAGGACCAAUACCAAUAGCAAGAGUUCCUUGCAUGAUCUCGCGAUAACGUUAUCACGAGUCGGGAAAUAAUGUCGCUCGCGAGGCUCGAUUGAUAGCAAAUCAUCCGGAGGAACGGGGGGAAGUUUUUUUAUAUCUCGAUCUCCGGGGUGAGAAUUCAGCUCGGCAAGAUUCAGCCGUGGAUGCUGUGGCCGGUGCUGGGAGAUGACGGGCUGGGCCCCACGUCCCCGCCGGGCCCGGGCGACGUUAAGGGGGUGCACCGACUGGCCCCUCUCCUGCUCUGCGCCCCCUGCAAGCCCGCCCACCGAAAGCCGCAGAAUUCCACCCAGUGGUACGUGCAGCAGCCCACGUGGCGACUAUGGGGCGAGGAGAGAGGGGACGGUGUCAUUUACACGGUUUACCUGAAGAAAGUCCGGUAUCACCGACCAACCAGGAGCCUCUCAGCCUCGGAUUCCGACGACGAGAUAUCGCAUCUCGAGUGGGAGACCGUCAGGGUGCGGUUCUUGAAGGCGGGCACCGUCCAGAGAUUGGUCGAAAGCCUGGCCAACGAUGACGGAGAGUUGGAGACGACCUACAUCAACGUCUUCCUGGCGACCUACAGGGCCUUUACCACGCCGAAAGAGGUCUUGGAGCUGUUGCUCUCCAGGUACGAUGCCCUGGACGAGAAUUCCGGCGAGCAGCAUCGCAAGACUCUGGUCCAGGCGCUCCACGUAUGGCUGGACGCCUACCCCGGGGACUGGAAGGCUCCUCCGGGCCAUCCUCUUCUGAACAGACUCCUGGAGUUCACGCACAAACGUCUUCCGGGCUCGGAGCUCGAAAUCAAAGCCAGGCAUCGGCUGCACAGGUUUCAGCGCGAGGAUCAAAUUGAUUCUUGUAUGGUCUACGAUAAUGGUCGAGUCAACCUGCACGCUGGUAGCGACCAUAUCGAGCCUUGGGCCGAAUGUUACACCUUCCCCGAGGUUCCCCAUCGACAUUUCGCGGAGCAGCUCACCAGAAUGGACGCCGAGGUCUUCAGGAAGUUGAUCGCUCAUCAGUGUUUGGGAGCGGUCUGGUCAAGGAGGGACCGUUCCAGGAGUCACGACGCCGCGACGGUCUUGGCCACGGUCAACCAAUUCAAUGCCGUCUCCCUCAGGGUGAUCUCGACCAUCCUGAUGGACCCUAACUCGAAGGCCCAGGACAGGGCCAGGAUCCUCGAAACCUGGAUCGACGUCGCCCAGGAGUUAAGGGUCCUCAAAAACUUCAGCAGUUUGAAGGCCAUAGUUUCUGGCCUUCAAAGCAAUCCCGUCUAUAGGCUCGAGAAGUGUUGGCAGUGCAUGCCAAGGGAGAAGCACGAGGUCUUUAGGGAGCUCGAGAGAAUCUUUUCCGAGGAGAACAACGCCUGGACCCAGAGGGAACUCCUCAUCAAGGAGGGCACUGCCAAAUUCGCCGAUACCGCUGGCAGGAGCGACAGACACUUGCAGAAGAUCUUCCAGAAGCAGAACGUUCAUUCCGGGAACAUCAGCUAUGGGACGAUACCCUACCUGGGAACGUUUCUGACGGACCUGACGAUGAUCGACACAGCGAUUCCUGACACGGUUGCGGAGGGCCUCAUCAACUUCGACAAAAGGCGAAAAGAAUUCGAGGUCCUCGCGAGGAUACGGCUUCUUCAGGGUGCCGCGAAUGCGUACAAUUUCAGCACGGAUCCGCUUUUCGACCGGUGGUUCCACUCGAUCGUCGUCUUGGAUGAUCGAGAGGCUUACCGACUGAGCUGUCAGAUCGAACCUCCUCCACCUGGGAACACCAUUAAUAAUCGAGCAAAGAAGAAGCAGAAUCACCAAGGGCAUCGGAAGAACGACUCGAUCGCGUCGACCUCGAGUUCCAGCAGUUCUCAGUUCUACUGCGACCUGGACUCGCUGCCAAGUUCCCCGCACAACUCUUUGGACCGAAGAACCUCGCCUUCCCAGAUGUCCAGCUCGUCUUCCAGUUCGUCUCUUCCUUCUUUGGACGUAUCUUUAAGUUCCGGUGGUGGAACCAGUUCCGGACAGUCCAGACUGGCUCCUCCAGCCACCACUGCCAAUGGAAGUGCUCCGAAUCUGUCCGGUCUCACGAGUCCAACGCAUUCCCACAAGAACUCUCCCGACUUCUAUAUUAUUAAGGUCACCAUGGAAUCCGACAGCGUCGAGACGGAAGGGGUCGUUUUGUACAAGUCGAUAAUGCUCUCGAAUAACGAGAGAACUCCGCAGGUCAUCAGGAACGCUAUGCUGAAGUUGGGGAUCGAGGGUAGUCCUGAUCGUUACACCCUUGCGCAGGUCCUGCCCGAUCGAGAGAUGGUCCUACCAAGCUCUGCCAAUGUAUAUUACGCUGUCAAUACCGCGCAUAAUCUGAACUUCAUUCUUAGACCUAGAAGAGAGGGCAACGAGGUCGGCACGGAUAGUCCGAAGAAGUCGACCAACCAUAAGCGGUAGUGUUAGCUUCACUCGGGGUGCGAUAAACUUCAACUGAUACGGAAGAAAUGCUUUUUGGGAAUGGAAAGACCUAUCUGGAGGUGUCCUAAUAUUUCCAUCAAAGAAACCGCAACUGACUAUUCGUUUUAUCAGAUUUGUGGGACAUACGAAUGGUAAUGGGUGUGACUCAAAGGUAAUCUUGGAUUUUGAUUUUUUCAAAUUCAGCGAUUCUGGACCAGCAGGAAGGGAUUGAUCUUCACGAUAGAUUGAUGAUGUCGAAUUUGAAGGAACAGAAAAAGAUAUUCCAGCGAAAACGGCCUGUAGAUGAAGAACUCAUUGCGGAAGGUUCGAAUUGCUUGAGACCGAAAUUCAUGACAGUAUUGUGAAUUUCCAUCUGGAAGACGUUUUUAGAAGCGAGAUGAUAUGCUGAAAGGACGAGGGAACUUCACUGUGACUUCAAUGGAAAGACUUCGGUUAUUUGACCAGAAGCGUCGUUUUGAUUCAAAGGACAAGACAGAAUUUUUAUGAAUGCCGUUGACGCGUCUAGUUGGAAGUAGUAGAAGUCAAUGAGAAAGUCCCAGUGAAGAUAAAUGCAUAAUCGGACUGGUAGAAUAGCAAAAGAAAGUGGAUUCGAUGAAGAGGUGGACUUUGUUUUUAAUAAACUGAAGAAAACUGGAAAUCGUUUGGAUUGAUUAGAAGAAAUUACUUGUAAAUUGAUAAGAAGAGGUGCAAUAGCAUAAUAUGGGAAAAUGUAAGAAAAUGUGGGGUUGAUGGAAGAAAAGGAGAAAAAAGGUGUUCUAGGGAAGAGAUAUACACUUUCGACGAUUUUCCUUCCAAAUGAGGGAACGGACAUUAUCUUUCGUAGAUGUGACAAUUUUUAUAAUUUAUAAACGACCUAAAGCAGCAUAAGAAAGAUGUAUGCAAAACAUGUACUGAAUAACUUUUAUAUUCAUGUUCAUCGUGAUUUUUGCGAUUUUCGUAUAUCUAAUUAGUGCCGGAAAUCAGGAAUCAUAUGACAACAAUUUUCGAUAAACUUUUUCGCAACCUUGUGGGCUCAGAAUGUUGAUUUUGAAACCGGAGCCUUCCUUUCCAUAAAUUGACAAAGGGGUAAAUGUCGAGGAAUAUUCUCUUAUGCGAUCUGCCAAUUCAAAACAAACUUUCAGGAUAUUCACUGUUAUAAUUAAUUGAAUAAUUAUGUGCAAAAAGUUAAUCCGACCGAUGCGUUUGGCGACUACCGCCGAAAGUGAAUAAUUUACGCGAACCCAAGAUACUUUAAAGUACAUAUUUCUUCUUUAUUAGUAGGGAAAUUAUUUUUAAACCGUAGGGAUCUUUUUUCGAUUCUCGUGGAAUUAUCCCUUCGCCGAUUUCGUCGUCGCCGAUUGAGGUCAGAAAUGGAAAUUGAAAUUCUGAUGUGACGUUUACGCGUGGACAAAUUCUAGCCAUUUGUUUUAAUUCUCUGUCGGCGACGAUGAACUCGACCGUGUAUUUAAUUUAAGUGGAUUUAGUAAUUAGAAUAGAUUCGUUACCCGUUGCUAUAUGUAUAGAAAAGAUCAAAGAAACACCCGCGGAGAUACCUCGAUUUUGCGCACGACAAACGUUUCGAAAUAUGUAACAUCCCUGCGCAUUCCUCGAAUGAUUACUGUAAAUUUCAGAUAAUGUCGAUGAAUCAUUGUACUUGUCAGCGUUAAAGGAAAAUACGCGUGGCGAUCUGGCGGUCUGUUGUAAAUAAUAUCCAUUAGUUUCCUUGAAUUCAGGGCGAGCUAGGUUUGUCGAUGCAGGAAUGUGAACUUUCCCAGCUAUGUCAGGGAAAUUCGGUUUUGGAAUAGUUAAGGUUUCAAAUUGACUACAUGUAGUUCUCGAGGGUAUUUCAAAAGAUGCACGUCUUGAUCACUAGAUAGAGUCUUGUGUGGUGGAUUUUCAUAUACACUAAAUUGCUCUUCAUCAAUUUCAGCCACUCGAUAAGAAAUACAGUGAAAAAGAGUAGGGCAUUCUUUCUUGAGUACAAUUUUCAACACAAAGUGCAAGAUGCAAUUCUCUAUAAAGGAUCAAGACGCGUUACUUCUUUUCGGAAUUUAGAUAGGACACUCAAUUUUGACCCGCUCCUGUAUCUUUCGCUGAUUAUAAUCGUCCCGAGAUAUGGACUUUCUAUUCCAGGAAAGAGGACGAAAGGAAAAAUGUUCUGUGAUAUCCAGGAAUCUCCGUUCCGGCCUGAAGUAGAAGACGAAGAGCUCGUAGGGAAGUUCACUCUCCGUGCCGAUCCUGUGUACCAAUACUCAACGCCGUCAUCCGUCGAUCGUCAAGGAUCUCUCCUGGAUCCUUGAUUAAAUGAUACUUCGAGGAAGAUGUCGGCGUCGUUGAUCCUCUCUAACACUUCGUCGCUUCUUGAGGUCCGCAGGAUCUCGACGCGGGCGCAUAGAAAUAUCCUUAGCCAAUUUUGUACUUAUCCUAAGACCUAGCCCGAGGUUCGAUGAUCGAGCCCCAUCGGGUGCAAUAAGAAUCAAUGAUAUUGACGAG